CCAAGUAGCGUGAAGUCGCCAUGACGACCUUGUAGUUCUUCUCACUUUCUGUUCGGCUUUUUUGAAUUCUUUUUUUUUUUUUUACUCCUUGACGUCACACCCCCCUUUUUGUUGUUGUUGUUGUUGUUGUUGCUGCUGCCGGUAAAUCGUGAUGCCCGCCGGGAUGUUCAGCAUCGACAGAAUCUUGUCCGGACGGCCGAGCAGCUGCAAGGAGCCGCUGCUGUUGCACCGGAGCGGCCCGGUGGUGCUGCCCGCUAACGACGCCGUCUACGCCGCCGACUACAACGGACUGUACGCGGCCACCUGCGGCGGGCCCUCCCUGGCGGGAGUCCCGUCCAUGAGCGGGAGCAGGCUGGGCUACAACGGCUUUUACUACGGACACAUGCACGUCCAGGGCGCCGCCGGACUGCCGGCUUGCUGCGGCGCCGUGCACGGCCUGGGCCCGCAGCAGUGUCCGUGCAUGCCGCCCGCAGGCUACGAGGGUUCGGUGCUGGUGUCCCCGGUACCGCAGCAGCUGAUGUCCUACGUCAACAUGAGCAGUUUGUCCCGCAGCGAACUGCAGCUUCUCAACCAGCUGCACUGUCGCAGGAAGCGGCGACACAGGACCAUCUUCACCGACGAGCAGCUGGAGGCCCUGGAGGGGCUCUUCCAGGAGACCAAGUACCCGGAUGUCGGAACCCGCGAGCAGCUCGCCCGCAAGGUGCACCUCCGGGAGGAGAAGGUCGAGGUUUGGUUCAAAAACAGACGCGCCAAAUGGAGGAGGCAGAAAAGAUGUUCUUCUGAGGAGCCGUCAGAGAACACGUGGAACAAAACAAGCAAAACCCCCGCGGGGAAAAACCAACACAGUAAAAAUGAAGUGGAGUCAGACAGCUGAUUAGUACACAACAUGCACUGUAAAAUAUUACAAUACACACACACUAUCAUGUAUAUGUGUGUGCACUGUGAAAUAUUACACAAGACAUACACUAUCAUGUAUAUGUACUGUAAAUUGUUACAAAACAUAUACUGUUAUGUAUAAGUAUUCCAUAAGAAGCCACCUAAAGUGUUCAAGUGUUCAAUUCAUUUCCACACAGUAUAGAAAUGAUGAAUUAUAAUUACAAUAUUUUCAUAGCGAGAGCUUAAAAAGAGUUGUUUAUGACCUUUUAAGUAUGUUUUUUAACAUUAUUAUUCCGAUUUAGUAACUCUGACUGAGCCUGAGCCAAUCAGUGGCCACAAUACUGAACAGGUUUGGUUCAGUCUAUAACAGGGGUCACCAACCUUUUUGAAACCAAGAGCUGCUUCUUGGGUACUGAUUAAUGCGAAGGGCUACCAGUUUGAUACACACUUAAAUAAAUUGCCAGAAAUAGCCAAUUUGCUCAAUUUACCUUUAACUCUAUGUUAUUAUUAAUAAUUAAUGAUAUUUACACUUAAUUGAACGGUUUAAAA